UGUGGUCAGCAGAGCACUGACCAGCCCGGGGGCGCCAUUGUCAAAGACCCGACUAUUUAAUGGACGAGCAAACCGACCCAGGUAUCAGUUCGACACUGCACCCAGUCACAACAACAUGAAGGCUUUUGUGAUUGCCGCCCUGGCCCUGGUGGCUGCCGCCGACCAGCCCCAGACUCGCUAUGCGCCGGCACCUGCCUACAGGCCCCGGCCGACCUACGACCAGGCCCCCACUUACAGGCCUGAGCCUACGUACGCCCCUCCUGUCCCGACCUACGCUGCCCCUGCCCCGACGUACGCUGCCCCUACCUAUGCCCCUUCUGCCCCGACUUACGCUGCUCCUACCUACGUUGCCCCGACCUACUCUGCCCCCGCCUACGCUCCGGCCUCCUCUUACAAGGCCCAGCCGAGCUACAAGCCGAUUGCUAUCCUUGAGGAGGAGAACGUCCACCCUGGAGAUGGCUCCUACAACUUCCACUUCAGCACCGAGAACGGCAUCUACAGGUCUGAGAGCGGUGUUCCCCUGCCCGGCUACGGCAAGAACGCCUACGGCCAGCCGGAGGGCAGCUACCGCCAGGAGGGCUCCUGGAGCUACACCGACGGAUACGGCAACCCCGUCAAGGUGACCUUUGUCGCCGACGACAACGGCUACCAGCCGUCUAGCGACAUCCUGCCGACGCCGGUGCCCACCCAGUAUCCGACCCCUGCUGUUGACUCCGCCUACGUCGAGCCCCAGUCGGCCUACGUCGAGUCCCAGCCUGCCUACGUCGAGGCCCAGCCCGCCUACGUCGAGCCCCAGCCCGCCUACGUCGAGCCCCAGCCCACUUACGGCAAGCCCCAGCCCGCCUACCAGCCGGCCUACGUCGAGGCCCAGCCUGCCUACAACUUCAUCAUCGCUGCUCUGGCCCUGGUGGCCGUCGCCGACCGGCCCCAGCCUUCCUACAGGCCCCGUCCCACCUACGCUGCCCCGACCUACGCCCCGGCCCCGACCUACAAGCCCCAGCCCAAGUACGCUCCUGCCCCGUCCUACGGCCACUCGAGCUACAAGCCGAUCGCUAUCCUGGAGCAGGAGAACGUCCACCCCGGAGAUGGCACCUACAGCUCCAGGUUCUCCACCGAGAACGGCAUCUACAGGUCUGAGACUGGCGUGCCGGUGCCCGGCUACGGCAAGAACGCCUACGGCGAGGCGGAGGACCUCUACCGCCAGGAGGGCUCCUGGAGCUACACCAACGGCUACGGCGAGGAGGUCAAGGUCGCCUUUGUCGCCGACGAGAACGGCUACCAGCCGUCCAGCGACAUCCUGCCCACCCCGGUGCCCACCGAGUACCCGACCCCCGAGGUGGACCCCGCCUACGUCGAGCCCCAGCCCAGCUACGGCAAGCCCGCCUACCAGCCGGCUUACAACUCCCUGGUGACGGGUGUGGUCAGCAGAGGACUGACCAGCCCGGGGGCGCCAUUGUCAAAGACCCGACUAUAUAAUGGACGAGCAAACCGACCCAGGUAUCAGUUCGACACUGCACCCAGUCACAUCAACAUGAAGGCCUUUGUGAUUGCCGCCCUGGCCCUGGUGGCUGCCGCCGACCAGCCCCAGACUCGCUACGCGCCGGCACCUGCCUACAGGCCCCGGCCGACCUACGCCCAGGCCCCCACUUACAGGUCUGGGCCUACGUACGCCCCUCCUGCCCCGACCUACGCUGCUCCCACCUAUACCCCUCCUGCUCCGACGUACGCCGCUCCUACCUAUGCCCCUCCUGCCCCGACGUACGCCGCUCCUGCCCCGACGUACGCUGCCCCUACCUACGUUGCCCCGACCUACUCUGCCCCCGCCUACGCUCCGGCCUCCUCUUACAAAGCCCAGCCGAGCUACAAGCCGAUCGCUAUCCUUGAGGAGGAGAACGUCCACCCCGGAGAUGGCUCCUACAACUUCCACUUCAGCACCGAGAACGGCAUCUACAGGUCUGAGAGUGGUGUUCCCCUGCCCGGCUACGGCAAGAACGCCUACGGCCAGCCGGAGGGCAGCUACCGCCAGGAGGGCUCCUGGAGCUACACCGACGGAUACGGCAACCCCGUCAAGGUGACCUUUGUCGCCGACGACAACGGCUACCAGCCGUCUAGCGACAUCCUGCCGACGCCGGUGCCCACCCAGUAUCCGACCCCUGCUGUUGACUCCGCCUACGUCGAGCCCCAGUCGGCCUACGUCGAGUCCCAGCCCGCCUACGUCGAGCCCCAGCCCGCCUACGUCGAGCCCCAGCCCACCUACGGCAAGCCCCAGCCCGCCUACCAGCCGGCCUACGUCGAGCCCCAGCCUGCCUACAACUAAGCGUCAUCGAAAAAUCACGGCAGGAUUGGGCGACCGGGACUUGGAGCCAGAGCGAGAUGACUAUUAAAGACAGGCUCACCGAGAUAUCCACUUGCCGGCAACUAAGUCAACUUGUGUCCACUCUUGUAAGGAAUUGCUGAUUUGUCGUAUCAUUGUCACAAACGUCGUUGUUAAUGUAUUUAUGUUUAUCGUGAUUGGCUUUUAUUGGUGUCUUGCCAAUAUGUCAGUCAUUGUUUAUUGUGUAAGUGUGCCCAUAAAUAUACAAUCACCAGUAGCAUU